AUGCAGAAUUCGUUCGCACCUGUUCCUGGAGGGCGGGCGCCCGCCCUGUCUCCUUCGGGCGCGUUGGGCUCCACUGUCUCCUCUUUUGUCAUCUCGAGUCACACUCCCGCCGGAGGUCGCCCGUUGCCUCAAGCGUUCCCCUCUGUGGCGUCUUGGGCUCCACCGGAAGCCGGUGGGGGCCGCGCCUCGCCAUUCUUUCCUCCUGGGCCUUCACCGAAUCCGGAGCUGUCUCUAGGGCGUGGAGCCCAAGCAGCAGAGAGAAAAGGACGAGAAAGCGAAGAAAAACUGACGAAGGGCGCAGGCACCUGGGAAGGAAGGCAAUCAGUAGAAGGAAGCCAAGAAGCAAGGGACUCAGGACGAAGUGGAGAAGAAAAUCUGGAAAGUGCGUGGCGAUUCUUCCCGACAGGCGACCCUUCACUCGUGUCGGCCUCUGAGGAAGAACACCAUUUGUGGCGCACCCUGGGAUAUCGGAGGGACGGGACAGAAGAGAGGCGAUGGCGAACAGAAAGAGACAGAGCGAACCCUGGUCGCCAUACAGACGCCUUUCUCAUCCCACGAGAAAGAUGCUAUGGCUGCUGCGUGUCUUCGGUCUUCCUGUCUCCAGAGCGCCAUCCAAACCUGGAAGCGACACAGCACGGAGAGAGAGAGGAAGACGGCGUGGGGACAGAUGUAGGAGCCAGUGACAGUGGAGGAGAACAGAAACAAGACGCCUGCCAAGCGGGCGUGCAAGUCAAAGAGCCGACGGUUGAGUCCCAGCUGUCGGUGGCUGCUCAGGGGUGCGCUUUUGAGGGGCAUUCCAUCUCAGGGAAGAGAGACAUUCGCCGCGUGCGAGGGAAGAAGAGGGCGAGGGUGAAGCCGCGCCUCCUGAAGACUGUCUCCGCAGCCCCUGUGCGGCUUGAGUUUGCCCCCGCCAAAACAAUUGAGAAAUUUACGUCUUUGCUGGAAGUUCCAAAUAAGGGCGGGGAAGUCGGAGGGAAUCCGUCACACACCGCGCACGGUCGGCCGGCGGUGUCCCUUGGGCCUGGGGGCGACCAGCCCCUCGCUUUGGAGCCCAACGCGCCCGAACACCAGCCGGGAGGUGUCUCCUUUUUAGGCGGGGCGACAGGGGUUCCACCAGAGGCGUCUGCAGCUUUGGUCCCGAGGGGACGCGAGGCCCAGGAGGCGUUCCUCCGCGAAGAGACGGCACGGUCUCUGGUGAUGUGCAGCGAGGCGAUGAGCGCGAAUUUUCGGUCGUUUCAUGCGUAUCUUCGCCACUUUUGUAAAGAAACUGACACGGACCCUGAUGGCGGAGAGACGGGGACCGAGCUGCUGAGAAGACACGGUCUUUUGCUCGAUGGCGAGACACCCCUGAAAGGCGGCGUUUUCCUUGACAGCGGCGCACGCGAUCGUGUCCAGUUUAAAGAGAAAAAAGGGCGAGAGGCGGGCCGAGGGCGAACUCGCAAACCCGAAACCAAAACGAGCGCGAGUGAAAAAGAGAUGCGCGACAGAGAGCACGUGCUGGCCUCGUACGCCUUGCGACAUAGGGACGCGCUGGCAGCCACGCUGAACUACGUCUUCGAGUUGCACUGCGCAGCUCAAGCUGCACGGUCUCCAGGCGGCUCACUGGCAGGCAUCGACCCCACACUCGCCGCUGGCUCCUCCCUCAACGGUGGAGGACGACGUUUCUCCCAAGAUGCGGGGGCCCGCCCGGACCCGAGGGCCUUCGCGCGAGGUCAAGGCGUAGGAGAACAAUCCAACCUGUCUCCGAAGGCCCAGGACGAAACCUCCGACAUCACGGCCUCGCUGGAGAGCCUGCGCAUGGCCCUGAAGGUGUGGGACCUCGCUCUCAUCUUGUUUGUUCUCCCGUCUCGGCGAAGACGCAUCAACCUCAUGGAGUGGCAACGGCUGUGGGUGUGUCGCACGCCCUCGUCCUUCUCGUCUUCCGUGGCUUCGUCCCUGUCACAUCCCAGAAGAGAGGAGGAGCUGUGGAGCCAGUUCGAGAAGCUUGCGUUGGAGGAGCAGGAUGGAGCGUGGACCCGCGCAGACGCCGUCAACGUGGCCUGGCGGAUAAACAAACUUCUCUGCAGGUUCCUUUGCCGGGCGGACUUCGCCUCGUGGCUCGCUGCCUGCGACCGCCUGGGACUCCAAAGUGUCUCCUGUCUCUGUGGUGUCGUCGCCGCCGUCGAAGACCUGCAGCGUGCCGUCGCAGCUGCCGAGAGCAGAGAUUCAGUCGACGUGGCGUCUCUUUCUCGCGAGACACCCAGCGUCUCGCCAGCGGCGGACGAAAACUUCGAAGCAGCCGUGGCGGCAGUUCGCGCAGUAGGAGCGAGGGUUGUCUUCCUCUUUGCGCACACGGCCAGUUCUUCCGGCUCGAGCGCGUCGGAGACUCCAGCGCAGUCGGGUUCACCGCCUCUCGCCUUCGCGCUCGGCCCUGAAGAGCGCCGUGCGUGGGGGCUGCUCUCGCUGUCCUUCGCGUUGAUGGUGGGUAACGUCGCAGCAGCCGUCGCCAGUGUGUUUGACGUCUCCGAGGCCUUUGUCUGCUCCUCGCAGGCAGAGGUCUUUCCGUUUUCGCUGGCUGCUUUGGCCUCGUCACACACUCCCUGCGCGUCCUCUACCUCCGCGACAGAAGAAUCGCGCAGCCUCUCUUCCGCCCCGUCUUUAAGCCGAUCUCCUUUGCCUGCGCCACCGUCCGCGCAGCGGGACGGCUGGUCGUGUGCGCUUCUCCAAGAGAGCUUCGUCGCGACUCUCUUUUGGUCCCUCUUCCCGUCGGUCUCCCUCCAUUCGCAGUUCCUCUUCUUCCUCAGGGUGAACGCGCCCACGCUCCUAGCCCUCCAGGCUGAGGCCGACGCCACUCAGGGCGACGAGGAGCUGACGCAGGCGGAGCUCGGGACGCGCGAGCACGAGAGACCUGAGUCAGGCGUUGCCGCGCCUCGGGGCCAGAACUCAGGCGAACUUGCGAAGGGCAGUCGACGUGGCGGGGCGACCCGAGUUUGCAGGCGAGCGGAGCCCGCAGACAACGAACGAGACGCGAAUGUCGAUCUGGCGGCGUUCGAUCUGGACGCAGCCGAUCGCCUUGUUCUCGCUUUCUGGCUCUCGAGAGGAAACCCCGAAGGCGCGACACACAGCGGUGCCCUCCAGCUCCUUCAUCUGCUUAUCGAGGACGUGGGGCUCUCAGCGUCCUUUCCGCCCUUCUUCUUCCCCCACAUCGUCGACCUGCUCUUCCUCGCCGACGCCUUCGCCCCUCUCCCUCCAGGAGUGGCGGUAGAAGCGAGAUGCGACGUUGUGAUGGAGUACGGAGCAUCGCUGCUCGCCAACAACCAGCUGCAUGCGUCGAUCCCUUACCUCCAAGAAGCCGCGCGGGUCCCGGCGCUGGUGCCUGCAGUCCUGGAUUUGCUGCGAAAUUUCCUCGUCUCUUCCGUGCAUGCAUUCUCGGACUUCCGAGAUCGCGCGGCGCCUCUCCAGGAUCUGGACCUUUCUCCGCCGCCCUCGUGUCAACGUGCGAAUGCUGGUCGGGAGGAGCUCGAGGCCGACCUAAACGAUGAAGUGAACACGAAUGAAGUCCCUGGUUGUAACCGCCAAAGCCCCAGCUUUUCGCUUGACCCUUGUGCAAUUCUGCUCCACGACUUUGCCCAAGCUUGUGGUUGCGCCUGUUUCGAGGAAGCACGGCGCGCUUUGUCUGGGUCGCCUUCGACUUCGCUGUCUCCUCAAUCUCACGCGUUGCCUGUUUCGGGGGGACCUACGUCGUCUGAGGCCAACGCGAGCGACGAGGAGCGCGACCGCACUCUUCUCCUUCUGCAAGACAGUUUCUGUUUUCUCCUCUUCCGUGCUCGGAGAAAAGACACGUGCGCGUCCCCGCCUGUCUGCUCCUUCGCUUCGUCGCCCUGCCUUAACGGAGAGGAAGAACUCGACGACGAACACCAGAGGGAAGGAGAACUCUGCGCCCUGCGAAGGCAGAUCGAGGCGCUCGACUGCCUUGUUCGAGGGUUUUGCCGUCUGGGCUACCGCCACUGCGCCUGCCUGCUCGCCGCCCUAAGCGGAUCUUUUGCCUCUUCAUCUGGCGAGACUCCUGAGCACGCCGCGGUUUCUCCUACAAAGUCCCUUCCUGCGGUUCCGCGGCUUCUGGAGGCAUCGCUGCGAGCGCUGUCUCCGGUCGCUUCUGAGCUUGACGCCUGCUGCGCGUCUUCUUUCUCGUCUCGUCGGCGGUGUUCUUUCGCGUCGCUGGGCCGGCGUGCGUUCACGGAGGGACGCGGAGAGGCGGGGAACUUUGGAGACGCACAGGGAGAAAGGAGACAGAAGCGCCGCCGCGCCCGAGACCCAACAGAGCAGCGCGGAUCCUGGCGAGGGGGACAGGACCCCACAGAGUCCUCGGCGGAGGAGACAGAAGGGACAUCAGACCUCAGUCUCUUAAAGGCAUGCGACCAGGGCCACGGGGCUCGAGGAGGGUCGUCACUCCCCUGUUUCCUCGUUUUCCUCGCUCUUUAUGCAAAGAGGAGGCAUGUGCUGGAGCUUUUUCUUCGGAAACACGAUGCCCACGACUUAGCUUGGCUUCACAAGGCUUCCUCUCUCACUUGUCUCGGCGACUUCUUGGUUCCCGGCUUCGUGUCGCUGGUCGCCUUUGUGGGGUCCCCACAAGUGUCUCCUUCGGUCCCCGCCUUCUUUGUGGGGUGUCUCCUCUUCGACGCCCUGCGUCUCCUGAGGCUCUGCACCAGUUCCCACACUCUGAUCGCCGCUUUCAAUCGCAGAAAUCUAAGUCUUCUCGCCACCUCUUGGCGGCGGUGCUUAGAUGCGAUCCUCCUGCAGACGGCAUUUGACGCGCCUCCCGCAGGGAUGGACUGGAGGAGUCCAGAGCUGCAGAGAAGCAUGGUGAGCGCGCUCGUGCUCGCCGAGUCGCGUUGUGUGGCCUAA